AUGGUGCUAAGAAAACUCAAUCCAAAGAUCAACCUCCACUUUGGUACGGUGUUUAAGAAAACCCAAUCAGAAGAUCACUUUCCCCUUGCCAACGGUGUUAAGAAAAUUCAAACUGAAAAUCAACUUCCUCAAACUCAAUCUGAAGAUCAACCUCCUCUUUGGUAUGGUGUUAAGAAAACCCAAUCAGAAGAUGUCCCUCCUCUUUGGUACGAUGUUAAGAAAACAUUUGUUGCAAAAAGAUGUCUUUCACAAGAAGAUGAAACGAUCCUUGUUGCUAAUGGUCAUCAACAUGACAUCCCAAAAGCAGACCAAGUUUUCUUUGAAGAAAGAUUAAGGCCUGGCACAAAAUUGGAUGCUCACUUCAAGAAAAGAGAAAAUGUAACCCCAUUGUUGCCUCGCCAAAUUGCACAACAUAUACCGUUGUCAUCAGCAAAGAUAAAAGAAAUAGUUGAGAUGCUUUUUGUGAACCCAGAGCCAGAAAAUGUUAAGAUUGUAGAGGAAACCAUUAGUAUGUGUGAAGUGCCUGCAAUAACUGGAGAAGAAAGAUAUUGUGCAACUUCAUUAGAGUCCAUGGUAGAUUUUGUCACUUCUAAGCUUGGGAAGAAUGCCCGAGUUAUUUCUACAAAAGCAGAAAAGGAAAGUAAUUCCCAAAAAUUUUCGGUGAAAGAUGGAGUGAAGUUGUUAGCAGAAGAUAAAGUCAUUGUUUGUCAUCCUAUGGAUUACCCAUAUGUUGUGUUUAUGUGUCAUGAGAUAUCAAAUACUACUGCGCAUUUUAUGCCUUUGGAGGGAGAAGAUGGAACUAGAGUUAAAGCUUAA